CCCCAACUUGAACCAACAAACAACUAGCGCGCAUCUGCAAAUCCCAGGCAGAAAUGCAAUUCUGCUGAUGACACGACAUAGCUUAAGCUUACUCACCGACCACACCGAACUUUAGGAACAUGCCUAAAAUAAAGAGCUAUACCCCCGCUUGGCUUUUGCAGCCUUCGCCCGGCCACGACCUCUUCGUACCCGACCCGAACGAUGCCCAAGCCGCUUUAGCAUAUACUUCCAAGGCCCUUUCCAAAGAUGGUCCGCGGCGGACUAUUGCUCGUCGCGGUACCGAAGUGUUCAUUGCUGUUGGAAAGGAAAUCAGAUGGGCGGAUCUUCUUUACAUGAAAGAACGAUGGGAAGAUAAACAAUACAGAGCUCAUGGCGGUAUUCGAAUUAAGCGAGAGGACUCGGAUGACGAUGACGAGCUGCUGAGAGAAUCAAUAGAGAACGGGUCCGCUGAAGGUUUCCGAACUAUCAAGACCUCUGUUGGUAGUGACAUCCAACAACUCGUCAUAUCGCCUUACGCGGACUUUAUGGCAGUUGUAACUACUCAUACCAUCCGCAUCCUUCUCAUACCCGAUUCAAGUCAUCUUACAGCGCCCAGCUUUGAUGCUAUUAAGCCGAAGUCGUGGACCUUAGGCCCGACGACACACGUUAUGGACCGAUCGCCCAUCGCAUCAGCUAUAUGGCAUCCGCUAGGUGUCAACGGCUCUGCGCUGGUCACCGUCACGAAAGAUGCCGUUGUAAGGGUCUGGGAGCUCUCACAAAGGGAUCGAUGGUCCUUCGACACCCCUUCCCUUACUAUCGACUUGCAGAAGCUUGCCGAUGGCACGUCCCUAGACCAGAAUUUUGCCGCUUCACCCGACUUCACGAAUAAGGGAUUCUCGCCAGACUCUUUCGAGAUGGAAGUGGCCUCGGCCUGCUUCGCUGGCAGGGGCUCGGGAAACUGGUCGCCGAUGACGCUAUGGGUUGCGAUGCGUGAAGGAGAUGUGUAUGCUUUAUGUCCUUUGCUACCUGCGCACUGGGCUCCCCCACCUACCCUCAUUCCCUCACUCUCUAUCUCUAUCGUCGGAAAUCUAGCCGCGAUCGAGGAUGACCCGAAUGUUUCUGAACAGGCGAAGUUGUUAGCACAACAGCAGCUAGACUGGAUGUCCGAUCUCGAUAACCAAGAACCCAAGGUUAUUGAAGGGCCCCCUGGAGAGCCACCUACUGAGAUAUACACACGUCCUUCAAGGCCUGGUAUAGUCCCUCGUUUACAGGGACCUUUCGAUCUAGAAUUAAGUCCAGACAGCGAGGACGACUUAGAUACGGAGCUAACAGAUAUCUUUGCCAUUGGCCAGAAGCUCGACACCGACGAAUUAAUGAUAGGAGAAGAGGAAGAACUCGAAAUGGAGGAUAUUGAAGGAGAAGGUCUAUCUAUUUCCAUCAUCUGCCUACUCUCUUCCAGUGGCCAAUUGAGAGUGUGCCUAGACCUCGACGGAGUUCAAGCUCAGUGGCUCCCCCCUCGAAACAAAUCAAAGGCUAUGGGUCGUCUAACCGGAUCCCCUUCUCUACUAACAUUUCAGAGCAUGGACAUCUUGAGUAAUUUAGAAGUCACGGACAAUGCCUGGCCUAUGUUCAGCCCCGAUGUUACUUCGAGAUAUUCUUUCUAUAUCACACACCCUUCCAGCAUUACACAUGUCUCAUUGGCACCGUGGGUUUUCCGCCUCGAAAGUGAACUUCAGGGCGAUUCGCAAGCAGGGUCCGAAUUUAGAAUUGAUCUGCUCGUUAGCGGGCAGAAUUCCACUAGGGAAAGGCUCUACACGAAUUCAGCCCAGGGAGACGCACAACUACCCCUUACCGCAUCGGUCGCGAUUCGUGAUCCCGAUCUUGGAUACCUCUUGUUAUCUGCAACGCCGUUCGAUCCAAUUGCCUUGGUCUUCGAUACACCGGAAGACGAGCUUUCUCCUAUUCGGCCAGCCUCGCCCAUCUUUGACAAGGAUGCGGAAGUGCAGCCCCUAGAUUUCUAUGAGCCUCGACCCGUUUUCCAGCCAUCACAUGCUUUCGACCAGAGCUCUGUCUUACCAAACUUGCUCAAUCAGCUCCGCACUGGCCGUCACAAGACUGUCGUUAAUCAGGAAAUUCGACUUUCGCCACUCAGCUUGCAACUCUUCACCGAAGCUCACAAGAUCCUUAGCGAGGAGACACACAGACUCGGUGUGGCGGCUGCCGAGGUAUUCCGCCGGUGCGUGCAGCUGCAAACAGAACUCAAACAGCAAGUGAACAAGGCAAACGAAGUCAAGGGUAGAGUUGAAGCCAUUACAGGGGAGGAUCAAGAUGAGGAAGGCCAACCAGAGUCGAACAAUGCCGCCAUCGAACGACGGUUACAGAGCGCGAGGGAUAGGGGAGAGGCUAUUAGCAAGCGAUUAGAAAAGAUGCGAAAGAUCGUCAGUAAGGCGACCAGUCGCGAUUUGAGCGAUAAGGAGAAGGCUUGGGUAAAGGAGGUGGAGGUUCUGGACGCCAAUCUGUUCGGAUCUACAGCGCCAGCGGACGGACCCACGCGCUUAAAGCAGACUAGGAAGAGGUACGAAGAAGUCACGCGGCUGAGGGAUGAACUUUUGGAGGAGGCAGAAAGAUUAGGCGCAACGACAGGUGAAGGAGAAGAAGGCGUCAGCACACCGACGACCGAUCUGCGCAUACCGUCGGAGCUCCGACGAGCAAAGAUCAAUCAGGUGAAGGGGCUCAUCGAACGAGAGACGGCAUUAGUAGAUGCGGUGAAGUCGCGACUCGAGCGACUGUCAGUUGGGUAGGCAGAGUACGACGGACGGGCGUGGCGCGCCGGGAUGCACCCUAUCGCAGGAUGCGUCCCGUCGAGGCAUGUAUAAAAUGUGAUACUACAUUCUAAUGUGCAUACGGUUUAUACAAACAGGGCGAUUGGAUGAUUUUUUUCUUUUUUUCUUUACUUUCGUGGCAGGUUCAACGAACUAGGGUACAGUCAGCAUCCUUGUUGUCGUGGAGGCCGGUUGACGAAUCUUACCGUUACUCACUGUGACGUCUCGAAGCAGUGUCGCCAGAUGCCCAAUUGGGCUCAGGUAAAGGAGAAGCAGGAAAUCAACGCCGAUCCUUUCUCUUGAUUCGACUGUUUCACCACAGCAAGCUCGGCAGGUCUUAUCCAAUAGCGUGGGUCCAGAACAUCAGUCCACAUGCAGCCUUGCAAUACGCCGCCUAAACGAAUGGGCUUCUCCUAUGUUAGACAUUCG